CUUAUCUCCCAACAACUUCAGCUACCUGAUAUCAUCAGCCGUACCUGACAAUUUGAGACGUACGUGCGUUUGGCAUGGCUCUUAUAAAUACCCAUACAGAAGCUACAGGACCCUAAGCCAUGAAUCGCAGGGAGGAGAAUGAGCCGACCGACCCCAAUGCCCCUUUGCUCCCUUCGGUGCCUUUGGUAGACCGCGAACCCCAGCAUGACGACGGCAAUGUCAACACAGGACAGACAAGUGGCUGGUUUAUAUAUGCUCUGACAUUUUCUGUGGGUAUAAGCGGGUUGUUAUUUGGAUACGAUACAGGUGUCAUUUCCUCGACCCUAGUGUCGAUCGGAUCUGACCUUUCCAAUCGCAAUCUCACCACUUUGGACAAGAGUCUAAUAGCAUCUUGUACGAGCUUGUUCGCCCUGAUUGCGAGCCCGCUGGCGGGGAUCUUAGCGGAUAAGUUCGGUCGCAGAAAGGUUAUCCUUGUUGCAGAUGUGCUUUUCACCCUGGGCGCUCUAAUACAGGCCGUCACGACCACAGUAUGGGGGAUGAUUGCUGGAAGAAGCAUUGUUGGUCUGGCUGUUGGUGGAGCAAGUCUGGUGACUCCAUUAUAUAUCUCUGAGCUGGCACCAUCCCAUGUUAGAGGAAGACUCGUUACGAUCCUGAGCCUCUUCAUUACAGGCGGACAAGUCAUCGCUUAUAUAGUCGGUUGGCUGUUUUCUUCUAUCUCUGGAGGCUGGCAGUAUAUUGUCGGUCUCGGGAUGCUGCCAGCGAUCUUCCAGUUUUUUAUAGUUUUGGUUUUGCCAGAAACGCCUCGGUGGUUGGUGCAGGCGGGAUUCGAAGAAAAAGCUACAAAUGUCCUAUCGAAAGUCUACGGGGGCAAGUCCGACAACAACCUCAUGGCCAAGACAGUGAUGCGUGAUAUCCAAAGAGAAGUGGCUCAAGAGGAGGACGAAUUGGGCCAAACCAACAAACCUUUCACAGACAAUCGGCAUUGGCUUGAGAAUAUUACGCAGUGUGCUCGAAGUUUAGCCCUCGUUGGUGGAAAUCGCAGGGCGUUGAUAAUAGCAGUUAUGCUGCAAGGAAUACAGCAACUGUGCGGAUUCAACAGCCUCAUGUAUUUCUCAGCAACUAUAUUCUCAAUGCUUUCGUUUUCAUCACCAACUCUCACGUCAUUAUCGGUGGCAAUGACCAAUUUCUUAUUUACGUUGCUUGCAUUUGCCUUCAUUGAUAAAAUUGGUCGGCGCCGCAUCCUUCUUUACUCAAUACCACUCAUGGCCCUCUCACUCGUUGCUUGUGCCAUGACGUUUGCCUCCAUCAACUUGCCAAAGCCCGAGUCAGCAGUCCGAGCAGAAGGAGAUGUCACAACUAAUGGCUCGUUACACCCUGUUGCUAUUCUUACAUGUCUCAUUGUCUACACAGCAUCUUACGCUUUUGGCCUAGGCAAUGUACCUUGGCAGCAAUCAGAACUAUUUCCUUUGAACGUGCGCUCCUUGGGAUCAGCACUGGCCACUGCCACAAACUGGGGGUCAAACUUUGUUGUCGGUCUUACAUUUUUGCCUAUGAUGGAGUGGAUGUCUCCUGGAUGGACAUUCGCGACAUAUGCGGCUGUGUGUGUGAUCGGUUGGUUUGGCGUUUGGGCUAUCUAUCCCGAGAUGAGCGGGCUCCGCCUGGAAGAAGUCAAGGAACUACUAGCAGAUGGCUGGGGUGUUCAGAAAAGUCUAAGACGACGCCGUAGCCGUCUAGAUAUCGUCCAGUAUAUCGCCUAUCUGCUUCCACACGACGUUGAUAUUGUAAACUUUGCCCGGUGCUGCUCUUCACUAGCAGCGAAGAUACUUCCAGCCCAAUCCUCCGUCUGGCGAAGACGCUUCAAAGAUUUUUAUGACGUCCCCCGACACGAUUCAUCCAACGAGAUCAAAACUAAAUAUCAGAUUCGCGCCAUUGUUCUCUCGAGAUUGAUCUAUUUCCAAUACGGCCAGAAAGAGAAGCAGACAUUCUGGUUAGAAGUUGUGCGAGAUAUGCUUUUGGAAUCGAACAAGCAACCGAUUUCCAAGAAUCUUGAGAGAAUUCGACGUCUUCUCCUCGGCUCCGAUUUUUUGAACAGGCCAGUCAGCGGCUACGGCCAAAAGGAAGCCGGUCGGCCUUCAGAUCUUUUCUGUGCGAUCCAAUUGUGUCUCACUGGCUUGGCUCUGGAUCCUCUGAUGUCUGUUCGUUGUCUCAGAACGGACUAUGACAUCGGCGCGGUCUACACUUAUGGCGUCGAGAUCAGACCAGUCGUACACUCGAAUAAACUAGACCUAGGAAAGACACUUGAUAUACGCAAUUUCUGGCUUCGCCAUCUUCUCAACCCGGACGAAGCAACAUUUUGCGGUUCUUACUCUAGCUUGCCAUCAUAUUACAAGCCAACGCCAUGGGGCAAGGUUGCACCCCUUGAAGCCAGCGCUCCCUGGCUAGGAUAUUAUUCAUGUAUUCAUCCGUAUCCGGUGUCGCUGGGGAAGCUCGAGAACCGUCAGACAUGCGCAGACCUAGAUAGUCAUUGGACACAAGUCGGAUUCACAUCUCUCCAAAUCAAAUCAGACCCUAACCCUUUGAACUGGCCGCCAUUAUUUGAAACAAUAAUUCCUGUUGAUUCCUCGAACUCCCAACGAUCAUAUUUUCGCGGAAUUCAGAAGUCACCCGAGUCUUUUGACAAUGUGGUAUGUUUGGUGCGAGGAUUCUACGAACCAAUUCCUAUACCCCAGGGUGGUUUUCCUGGCUGGUGUCGUAUUUGCUUUGCGGUAUAUGAGCGGGACCCCGACGAUCAUCUCCCCGUUCCUGCAUAUGAUGCCACAGAGCCUGCGGCAGACGACUAUGCUUGGUUCUUCCAGGAAGGAUGGCCGCCUUCUGACCUGGAGACCGAGUUCUACUGGAUUCGUGGAUACGAGGGCGUGAUUCUUCCAGGGGGCAGGAUCAUGCUAGGAAGUUGGGUAGACAUGAUUGACACGGCGGAUAGAGGCCCCUUCAUUUUCUGGAAACCAUAA